CCUGAUUGAUUUUUUGAUGUCAUAUAGACCGGUAUAUAUUCUCGAAUAUCAGCGAACAGUAAUCAGUUCAAAUUCAGUUGAAACUAACGAAUAACAUGGCAGGAAGAUUAUUUUCUUCUACUAAAUGGAAUCGUCGUGGGUGCAACCCAGGUUACGCAUGGCAAGCUUGUGAAGACUUCCAGGUACCAGAUAAUUCUGUUUGGUAUGGAAGGGAUGAUGAUGGUAGCGACAUUUUCUGUGGAAAAGCAUGGUGUGAUGGCGAAGAGGUCCCAGCCAAGGUCAUCCCAAGAAGGAGGGAAUGCAGAGUAAUUGACAAUGGUUGCGAGAGAGUUGUGCCCAACUGUAGGAAGGUAUUGAUUUGCAGCCGGUCAGGAAGCAAUAGAUGUGAAAGACGAGGAGAUGAUUGCCACAGGCGUAGGCAUCAUCAUUGCAAUGACGAUAGCUCCAGUUGUGAGUCUGAAGUAGAGAAUACAACCACCACGAAAAAAUCGACUUGUUCCAACAAUGAGAGCAAGAUAUUGGAAAAAAGUUCGAAAAGUUGGAGCUCCUCUACUACAACCGUAGUGAAGAAGGGUCGUAAGAAGAGACAAUCAAGAGGAGAAAGGUGCAGAUAUGUAAGACGUACAAGGAUGGUCCCUCAAGUGACUGUCCAACCAAGAGUACGUUACAUUCCACAAGUUAUAAACGAACGUUCUGUACGUUAUGUACAAGAAUCGUAUGUAACAAGGGUUUGUGAGAAAAGACGCUGUGAACCAAGCUGUGAGCCAUGUGAACCACGAUGUGAAUCACGCUGUGAACCAUGCUGUGAGCCAUGCGAACAACGCUACGAACCAUGCUGUGAGCCACGCGAACAACGCUGCGAACCAUGCUGUGAGCCAUGCGAACAACGUUGCGAACCAUGCUGUGAGCCAUGCGAACAACGUUGCGAACCAUGUUGUGAGCCAUGCGCACAACGCUGUGAACCUUGCGAGCCAUGUGAACCCUGCAAUCCAUGUGACCCAUGCGGUUCAAACAGGAGAAGAAGAACAGUUGUAUUCUCUGCACAAUCUGCAGGACAGAAGCUGUUAGGUCGUUCCCGGAGAUGCUAAUUCUUUCAAGGAGAAUCAAAUUAAUAUAUAAAAGUCCGAUGGCAAUUUGAUCGGAAUAUCAUGACAAGGCAUUGAUUGAGGAUUUCUCGUUUAGUAUAUAAUUUGUUUGUUAAUGCUUCCUCAAGUUUGUUAUAUUUCAUAUUAUUUACCCUCUAUUGACUGUUUGUUGAAUGGAUUUAUUGAGUAUAUUGGAUUUUAGUGGAUAGAUAUCAAUGUUGAUAAUAAAGUUCAACGAUAAUAUCAA